GCAUUUACCAUUUUUUCUCUUCCUUUUCUCUCUUCUUUAUGCUCUGCCUUAAGUUUUCUUCAACCCCUGGCCAGUCAACCUUUCUCUGCCAUCUAGCCGGUAUCUGAAUUUUUCUACUUUUAUAAAAUUAUCUGCUAUAUUUGAUUCUUCAGCUUCAAUCUGUUUGUUAAAAGUCCUGGCUGAGCUUCUUUUGUCUGGGAAUCUUCCUUGUAUCCAUGAAGUUUACGAGGGGUAAAAGGGCCUUAAAGAAGGAUGCAAAUGAACCAUCAAAGCCUGUGGAGGACAAAAUAGUCUUGAAGGUUGGAAAGCGGAAAGCAGCAAUACAGGCUAGUAAGAGCACCGAAAAAUUGGCCAAGAAAAUCAAAUCCGGGGAUAAAGAUCCAAACAAACCUAAGAGGCCUCCUACUGCUUUCUUUGUUUUCCUAGAAGAGUUCAGGAAGGUUUACAAAGAAGAGCAUCCCAAUGUGAAGGCUGUCUCAGCUGUAGGGAAAGCAGGAGGACAGAAGUGGAAAUCCAUGACACAAGCGGAGAAAGCUCCUUAUGAAGCAAAAGCAGCAAAGAGGAAGUCGGAAUAUGUGAAGCUCACGACAGCUUACAAGAAGAAACAGGAGAUUGUGGACGAUGAGCGCGAUGAUGAAGGCGAUGACAAUGCCGAGAAUGAAGAAGAAGAAGAAGAUGAUGAUGAUGAUGAUGAUGAUGAUGAUGAAGAAGAUGAUGACUGAAGUUGGAAAGUCUUGUUUCUGGUCCUACAAAUGAUAAGUGAAGAUGCUAAAUUUUGAAGUUUCUGUAUGUAUAUGCCCUGUGUGCAGUUCAUUUCUUCAGUGGGAAAAAAGAAAAGAAGAGAAAAAAAAAAAAAUUAAGCUCUAAAUGCUUCCAUAUGUAUUAGCUGUCUUAAGUUUGAUUCUAUACUUUCUGAUUGAUGUUAAUAUUUCUACACAAUGCAUCUCCAAGUUAUUAUG